UGAGCCUGCGCCCUGGGUUUCCGUGUACCUCCGGGACCGUGGUCGCCGCCCCGCUGGGAGCCGCCGGACAUCACGCCUACACACUGAGCUAUGCCUGAAGAAAAGAUUUUGAAUUGAUAAGACAUCUUGAAGAAAGGACAAUCAGCAUAUCUCUAGGGCUCCCAGUUUUUCAACCUUGAAGUCUUUUACAAUCAAAGCAAAGAGAAGAUUUGUGGAUGUCGAAUAUGCAAGGAGCUGAAGAGAGAGAGAUUGAAAGAGAGAUUUGUCCAGGUUGGGUGAACAAGCCUGCUCCAGAGCAGGAUGGCUCUGAAAUUGAUUUGCCAGGGAUAGCAACAAAGAGAUUCCAAGAGUAUGAAUACCAGGAUUCUACAUUUGAAGAAAAAUAUGUAUGUGAGAGCAUGAAGGAAAACCCUCCCAGAGAGGUUCCUGGACCAUGCCUUUUCCAAGAAGGUUUUGGGGGAAUAGCUUUCAUCCACAAGGAAGCACCUCCAGAAAUGAUUAGACAAGAAUAUAAUUUUGAGAGAAGCCUGCUUUUGACCUCAAGCCUUGUUACACAUCUCAGGGUUUCUACAGAAGAGAGCCUACAUCAGUGGGAGACAAGUAACAUAUACACCAAUGAGAUUUCAGACCAAAGUAAAUGUCCGAUCUUCUCUACACAGAAAAAAUCUUGGAAAUGUAGUGAAUGUGGAAAAACUUUUAAUCAGAGUUCAUCCUUUACCCAGCAUCAGAGAACUCAUACGAGACCCUACACAUGUGAGGAAUGUGGGAAAACUUUUAGUCGUAGCUCAUUCCUUGUUCGACAUCAAAGAAUUCACACCGGAGUGAAACCAUAUGGAUGUGAGCAAUGUGGGAAAACAUUUCGAUGUCGAUCAUUUCUUACUCAGCAUCAGAGAAUCCACACUGGAGAGAAACCGUAUAAAUGUAAUGACUGUGGGAAUUCCUUCCGCAAUCAUUCACAUCUCACUGAACACCAGAGAAUUCACACUGGAGAGAAACCUUAUAAAUGUAGUAGAUGUGGGAAGACAUUCAGUCAGAACACACACCUCAUUCAUCAUCAGAGAAUUCACACUGGUGAGAAACCUUAUUUAUGCAAUGAAUGUGGCUCUUCUUUUCGCAAACACUCAAAUCUUACACAACAUCAGAGAAUUCACACUGGGGAAAAACCCUAUAAAUGUGAUGAAUGUGGGAAGACUUUCCAUACAAAGGCAAACCUCUCUCAGCAUCAGAGAAUUCAUACUGGAGAGAAACCCUAUAAAUGUAAGGAAUGUGGGAAAGCGUUUUGUCAGAGCCCAUCCCUUAUUAAACACCAGCGAAUUCAUACUGGAGAGAAACCCUAUAAGUGUAAGGAAUGUGGCAAAGCUUUUGCUCAGAGCACCCCACUCACUAAACAUCAGAGAAUUCAUACAGGGGAAAGACCCUACAAAUGCAGUGAGUGUGGUAAAGCUUUCAUUCAGAGCAUUUGCCUUAUUCGGCAUCAGAGAAGCCACACCGGAGAAAAACCCUAUAAAUGCAAUGAAUGUGGGAAGGGCUUUAACCAGAAUACCUGCCUCACUCAGCAUAUGAGAAUUCAUACUGGAGAGAAGCCCUAUAAAUGUCAAGAAUGUGGGAAAGCCUUUGCUCACAACACGUCUCUUACUGAACAUCAUAGAACUCACACUGGAGAGAAACCCUAUGUAUGUACUGAAUGUGGAACUUGUUUCCGUAAACAGUCAAAUCUUACUCAACAUCUGAGGAUUCAUACGGGAGAGAAACCUUAUAAAUGUAAUGAAUGUGAGAAGGCCUUUCAAACAAAAGCAGUCCUUGUCCAGCAUCUGAGAAUUCAUACUGGGGAGAAACCCUAUAAAUGCGAUGAAUGUGGCAAAGCGUUUUGUCAGAGUCCAUCCCUUGUUAAACACCUGAGAAUUCAUACCGGAGAGAAGCCCUAUAAAUGCAGCGAGUGUGGCAAAGCCUUCAGUCAGAGCAUAUGCCUUACUCGUCAUCAGAGAAGUCAUUCUGGAGAUAGACCUUAUAAGUGUAACGACUGUGGGAAAGCCUUUAAUCAGAGUGCGUGCCUCAGGCAGCAUCAGAGAAUCCACUCAGGAGAGAAGCCCUACACAUGUACCAAAUGUGGUAAAGCCUUCACUCAGAACUCUUUGCUUGUUGAACAUGAGAGAACUCACACUGGAGAGAAACUUUUUAAGUGUAGUGAGUGUGAAAAAACCUUCCGCAAGCAAGCACACCUUAGUGAACAUUACAGAAUUCACACUGGAGAGAAAGCUUAUGAAUGUGCUAACUGUGGGAAAUCCUUCAGGCACAGCUCAGCACUUGCUCGACAUCAGAGGCUUCAUGCUGGGGAAUAA